AUGAAUGCCGUAGAGAAGCUUGGGAAGCUUGGGAAGAUUGGGAAGAUUGGUACUGGGAAGACUGGGAAGAUUGAAACUGGGAAGACUGGGAAGAUUGGGAAGAUUGGUACUGGGAAGAUUGGGAAGAUUGGGAAGAUUGGGAAGAUUGGGAAGAUUGGGAAGAUUGGGAAGAUUGGGAAGAUUGGGAAGAUUGGGAAGAUUGGGAAGAUUGGGAAGAUUGGGAAGAUUGGGAAGAUUGGUAUUGGGAAGACUGGGAAGACAGGUCCUUGGUUGUCUACGUAG